AACGCGACGUUCUUGGACCACGAAGAAUGGUUGGCCUCUAUGGCGCGAGAUCUACUAGCCAUGCCUAUCUACGAGGAUGUCGAGCUUCGCGACGCUCAUCAGGACGUCCUCGAGUACGUGUAUAGGGAGAUGGAUGUUCUAGAGCGGGCGAAGAGAGACCAGUGGGAUAAGCAAAGGGAUCACUCCGCUACGCGACCCGAUCCUGCACUGCGCAACCAUUGGUUGGCUCGGUUUCUUUCGCGUCCAGACGUAGAGCCGUUGGUGGACGCUAGGAGGGAACAAACUCCAUCUCAGCUCCCAGAUAUCCAGUCAGAUGUGUGGGAUGCGCCUCUGUUCCACGAGUUCAAGGACGCGGCGGGCGGAGCAUUCAUCAAAGGCCCAUCGGAGGAGGGGAGAUACCUGUUCAGUCUCUCUGUCGACGGCUUUAACCCGUUUCAGGCAAAGGAGGCUAAGCAAAGCGUCACAGUCACCGGAAUAUACAUGGUCUGUCUUAACCUUCCACCUCAAAUCCGUUACUUGCCGGAGAACACAUACCUUGUCGGCAUUAUUCCU